AUGUCACCCACAAUCCCCCGCCCACCCCUCGACCCCGAGCUCGACUAUGCCCAAUCCCGCUUCCCAAAAGUCCCACUCCGCGGAAACCUAGACUUGCGCCGCAAAGCCGCAGCCUUAACCUGGGCGAGCAUAAGCGUCGGAAAAGAGGAGACAAUCGCGCACUCGGAAAUCGACAUCCCCGGCCCGACCGGCCCACUGCGCGCCUCAAUCCUACGGUCCACGAAACCAGAGCACAGAGACCUCCCCGCCGAAAAGAGACUCGGGAUAGUCCAUUUCCACGGCGGCGGCCACGUCACAGCAGACCGGUUCGUCGGCCUAAACACGCUCUUCGAUAUCAUCGAGACCCUUGGCGCGGUUGUCGUUUCGGCUGAGUACCGGCUUGCACCUGAACACCCGCAGCCCGCGCAGGUGGAGGACUCCUAUGCCGCGCUGGUCUGGGCUCAUAGCCAUGCACGCGAGCUGGGGUUUAAUCCCGAGAAACUGGUAACAUGCGGCGGUUCAGCAGGCGGGAACCUAACGGCCGGUGUAUCGCUCCUCGCGCGGGACCGGCGCGGUCCAAAGCUCCUGGGCCAAAUGCUCUUCUACCCGUGGGUGUCGGACGAAACGGCCUCGUUCUCAAUAGAGCAGUAUGGGGACGUUGCGCCGUGGACGAAAGAUGAUAACGCGCAUGGGCUGGAUCUUGCGCUGGGAGUUGGCCGGUCUGGUGGGAGUAUCUAUACGCUUCCUGCGCGGGCGGCGGAAACAGAGGGCGGAUUGCGCGGGUUGCCGAGGACGUAUAUCGAUGUUGGCGAGGCGGAUAUCUUUCGUGAUCAGGAUGUGCGCUUUGCGGGGGCGCUGUGGAGGGAUGGUGUGGCCGCGGAGUUCCAUGUUUGGCCGGGGGCGUGGCAUGCGUUUGAUACGUUUGCGCCUGGGGCGGGGGUUAGCAAGAGGGCGUUUCGGGCGAGGUUGGAGUGGUUGGAGGGGUUGGUUGGGUCUGCUGAAUAG